GUCAAUUUAUAGAUUUGAUUCAUGUCGAAGCAGCAAAGUGUUUGCCGGAAACGAACUCUUUCAUUUGCCGAUAUCACAGAUUGCCGCAAAAGCAGCCGUACAAAUUCAAAUGAAAAUCAUGAGAUCGAUUCAUCUAAACCAUUCAUUCGUAACAUGGUACGACGUCCUUCUUUCACGUUUUUGGAACAUCAAAACCUAUCUCAUGAACUGCCUUGUCUUUCAGAAAAACCUACAUUGAAAGAUUCGAAUGCUCAAUUCAAAAAUGCCCGCGAAUCCACUGAAAUGAAUGCUUCAUUGAAACGAAAUUCAAAUUCUCAAUCUGCUUUGGAUUCGUUUAUUUCCAGUGCAUCGUUUAUUGAAUCGAAUUCUGCCAAUGCUACACUUAGUGCUAUACAAUUAUCUAAAAUGCAUAGUAAUUCACUAGGUCCUAUGAACUCACUUCCGUUAAAAUAUGAGGAAUAUCUAUCUCCAUCAUCACCCUUAUCUUCAACUUUGAUCAAAUUGUAUCUAUCCAAGGUCUCUUUAUGCUCAUCUACAGAGGAGAUAUUAGAAAAUAAUUUAAAUUUUAAUAAUGAACAAGUUAAUUUGCAUAAUAGUUAUUAUAUACAUCAAAAUUUUAUUUGUCUACCUGGAUGCUUACAAAUUAUUUCCUAUUCAUUAAUAGCUUCUAUGAUUAUGCCUAUUCGAUAUUUUAUUAGCAUCAAUUCAAUAACUAAUGGAAUGAUAUCAUCAAAUUUGAAAAGAUUAUCUUCAAUAAAUGAAAAUGUAAAAAUUCAUUCUUUCAAAUCAUCAUCAUAUAGUGAUACAAGUAAAUAUACUACUGAUUUGAAUGAUUCAAGUUCUUCUACUGAAUCUUCAUCAAGUCUAAUAGACGAUAUUUCAAAUGGUUAUUAUUCUGAUAAUUAUCUUAAUAAUAAUAAUAAUGAAGCAGUGAAACCAAUAAAAACGAAUCAAGUGAUAAAUCAUCACUGGCCAACAACAACAACAACUGUACAAUUUCAACAUCAAUCUAAUCGAUUUUCAUUACUUUCAGGAGGAAAAAUAACUGGGACACAGUGUAUUCGUAAUAAUAAGAAGGUCUUCUUUCCAUCGUUGACAUUUUCACACAAUCUGAUCCUACUAAUUUUGUUAUUGUUCUAAAAAAAAACAACCUUCAGUUAUUCUGUAUUCCCUAGUAAACAAGAAAUACUUAUUGCAGGCUUUUGUCUGUUGGUGAAAGCCUGUCAAUAUACAUGGAAUAUUGAUACGAUGAAGAUUUGUAACUCAAACAGAUGAUUUCGUUGAAAUGGCGUUCUCUGAGCUUAGAGAACGCGAUUUCAACAACGGAAACAAUGUUCGGUGAAGAAUUAAACAGUGCAAAACGGUGGAAAUUCAAAGUCAACUUCAGCGUGUAAUCAUUAUGUCAACCAUCAUCACCAUCAUCAUCAUCAUUAUCGUGAUACACGUCAUCGUAAAUUUGGUUUGACAAAUGUGUAUGCAGGUUUAAAGUCUGAUGAAGUCAGUAAUACUUCUACAAUCCCUUCAAAUCUAUCUCAAUCUCACAGUAACAAUCUUGACUUAUGUCUUAAGUCGAACACUAUCAUCAGUAAUAAUAAUAAUAAUAAUAAUAAUAAUAAUCAGUCAAGUAUUGUAUCACCACCUCAAGAUAUUAAAAAUUAUAAUCCAUUAGAACUUUUUUACAAUUUAUGGAUUAAUUUUCAAUCACAAAUAACAGAGGAUAAAUUUUAUUAUAUGGAUGAAAAAUCAUUAGAACGACGAGUACGUGCACAAGCAUCAAAUAUUAUUGCACCUGUAUCUUUUUAAUGAUACCUUCAUAUUUUGAUCGGUAUAUGUGAUGGGAUC